AUGACUAUUCUGGAGAGCUUGUCCUCCACCCCAUCCAUAUCAAGAAUAUUUGAUGGGGAUGCCGGUGUACCCGGUCCAAAUUCUGGACGAGGAGUUGGAUGUGGUGGGCAAUGCGGGUUUUUAGCCCGUGGUUCUCCACCAGUACCUCGGUUCGGAGAACAUUUCCGAAUAAUCGGUUGCUGCGCUUCCCACCCGGGUUGGGAAGUCAGAAAACCCUUAUGUGGGCAGGUUGAACGUUUGAGCGAAUUCGUUUUCCUCCAGGAAAAAGAAAUGGCCUCUCACUGUGGAGACAAUGAAAUCUCCUCUCAUAGAUGCAUUUCUGAAGAAGUCGAUUACGUCCGGAAGGAGUAUGGGUCCGGAUUUUUCGAGAAAAGGUUGUGUGUGCAAUUUUUCUUGGGCCAAUACUCUAGAAUUGUUUACGCUCAUACUUAUUUCGAUAAUAUUGUGGCUCAUGGUGGUUGGGAUGAUUGGGACCACAUUAGUAACAAGAACAAGACUGCCUUUUUCGGGGUGUACAAGUGUUAUGGGCCUGGGGCAAAAGCGGUCCGUGGAGUGUCUUUGGCUAGAGAAUUGGACUAUGAAUUGGCUCAUCCAUUUCUGGCCAAGAGCUUUGUCAAUGGAAAGCACUGGAUUGCACAUUUAGAUGCUUAA